UAGUUGAAAACAACUUUAAGUUUUAAAGGCCAGUGAAAACCAGUUUAGUAUUGCUACAGGCUGAAUAAAUUUUCCAAAAGAAGAAAUAGCUAUGUAGUGAAACACGUUUGGAGAGCCGUAAACCGACAACGGUGCAACAGCUGGCUGAGCUGACAACACACCAGUGCUUUUCUCAGGUGGAUAUGGCCAAUACACAUUGUGAAUAGACGGUGUUCUUCUUAGAUGGCUUUUGUCACUUGCUUUGGCUUAAAGGUUAUAAUAUUAUGGAAUAUCUUUUAUUUUACCAGCGCAAGUAGGUAAUGUGAAGACGUCUUGGGAAACAUGAAUGCAAAUUUUAAUUAACAUUUGAUCACAGUUGCUGACCCUUUUAGGAUGUCCCAAUUCCGCCGCUGCAUAGUUGCAGUAUUGAUCAUCAUUCUUUUAACGCGAGUAUACUACAGAACGACAUUAUUUCGAAAAGGCGGUACUUUUUCAACUGUUAAUUUGCUCAGUACUUUGCCUGACCCACAACCAGUAAAGAAGAUACUUUUCUGGUAUGAGCAGUACAAACCACCCAAACGACGAAAUAGCUUUGAAAUUGCACAGGGACCAACCGACAUUGCAGAAGAUGCCUAUCGUCUUAUUCAUUGCCAGUUACAGUGUGAUGUAUUUAACCGUGGCCGUAUCGUUAACUGGGAACUAUUGGAAGAAUAUGAUGCCAUCAUCUUCCACCAACAUGGUUGGACACCUUAUGAUGUACCUGUCAAGAGGUGGCCUCAUCAGCACUACGUUUUCUUAAGCAUGGAGUCCCCUGCAUGGAGAUUCGUAGAUACUGAAUCGAUGAAAAAUUUUUUCAACCGGACAAUGACAUAUCGCAGAGAUUCUGAUAUUUACAAUCCGUAUGGUUGGUUCAGUGAUCUUACAGAAAGUGUCACGCUUGACUCGUCACGAAUAGAUCCUGUGACCCUUAGGCAACUGAAGCGUGAUGCUCUCUUUGAUAGCACCAACUAUGGGGCUGGAAAAACGAAAAAGGUUGCUUGGUUCGUCUCCAAUUGCAAAUCUCUUAGUGCUCGGAACGAAUACGCCGAUCGACUGAAAACAUUCAUCGACGUCGACAUCUACGGGCAAUGCGGAACAAUGCGAUGCUCUCGUUCAAAUCCUGAGUUGUGUCACGAAAUGUUGGAGCGUGAUUAUAAAUUCUAUCUGUCAUUUGAAAACACUUUAUGUGAAGAUUACGUCACGGAAAAAUAUUUUGAUCAAAUGCGAUAUCACAUUGUUCCAAUCGUUUUUGACCUCCACGGUCAUCAUAAACGAAUAGCUCCACCACAUUCUUACAUCAAUGCUGCUGAUUAUCAAUCAGUACGAGAAUUGGCUGAUUAUUUGCUCUUGUUGGAUAGAAACGAUAAACUUUACAACGAAUAUUUUUGGUGGAAAAAUCAUUAUGUAGUUGGUGGGGGUCCCGGGGAUACCACAGGAGGCAUGUGUCGUUUAUGUGACUAUUUACACAAGUCAACUUUACCAUUGAAAGUUUACCAAAAUAUGACCCAAUGGUGGGAUGUGCAAUCCAAAUGCCGUACAGUGGGCUUUAUGAACAAUACCUUGAUGACGAAAAACAAUUCUGAUUUUUAUUGGGAAUCCUUUCUUGCAUAAUCACAUAUCGUUCGUUUUUGGUA